AACAUGUGAAGAGAGUUACGCAGCUGUCUACAGUUGUCAACAAGUAUGUGAAGAGAGUUACGCAGCUGUCUAUAGUUGUUGUCAACAAGUAUGUGAAGAGAGUUAGGGAGCUUGCUGUUCCAACAAUUUGUGGUUGAUGUAAGUGGCAGCUGGAUGUGUCUAUAUAAGUGUAUACAGAGAACUGUACAGUAGCCCACAAACGACAAAAGCUCAAGAACAAGAAACAAGUGGUGCGAAGAAAUGCAGUGCAUGAAGGGGUACAGAGUACAGUGCCACCGAUUUCUUUGGACACUUCGAUGGAGAUCAAAGGACUGCCGAAGGACAAGAGCGACCGCGUGACAUAUGACCCCGGCUUUGAAAGGCCCGCGUCUGGCGGGUGACGACAGUACAGUAGUACACAACACCUGGAGACACAGAGUCAAAGUUGUCAAUACACCCGGCCAGUCAAACUGUCAUGGGGGAGGGGAGUCACACUGUCGCUUUCUCCUGCCCUCCCCUGUGUACAUUAGCAACCCUGUCGUCAGCCAGUGACGCGCCUACCUGUCGCUGAGACAGGAACGACAGAGACACCUGUCUAGCUCUGCCCUCGCCAGCACGACGAUCAAAAUAGCGAUCAUAGCAGCUAAUUGCCGGUACACACGGUGACAAACACACUUGUAUAGUUGGGAAUACAUGAGGCAUGAUACAAAUUUAAAUAUCAAACAAAGCACUUGGAAAAUAAUUUACACCUAAAACAACACCUAUGAUUAAAAGAUGAAUAUGAAACAGCACAGUGAUGAUGUUAAGAAAUAUCAAGGGUGUAUUACUUAUUAUUACGUCUAGUGCAGGAACGACAGCACUGGUGGUCUGUGCUAACCUAACUUUGUAGCUACGGCGACAGGAACACGCACCUUAUGUUACACGGCUAUACCAGGGACUCAAAGACAGGUGUUAAAGUCUUAUGCUAGACUUCUAGACCAGAGACCUAGACAGGCGCACAGGUGUACAGGUGCGGGCAGAUUGCUUCGGGAGUUGUUAUGGUGACGGCGACAGAGCGCAGCGGGGAGUGGCUUGGUGGGUGCAGAAAGUGACAGCCAGGUUACUAUAGACUGUGGGUGGCAAUGCCUUGACUGUCACUACCUUAGCUCCUAGAGUGCAAUGCACACUAUCUUCUCCCAUACAGCUGAAGUACAUACCUAGCUGAAGGGAUCCAGGCAUCACCAGUCAUGGAAAUCAAGGAGGACACAUGAAGCAAAUGUCUCACAAUCUACAGGUGAGCAGAGCCCAUCGAGCAGAACUUUAAGAACAUUAUAUGUUACAUGUGAGCACAGCUUACAGAGCGGAACUGGUGAGAACAUUACAAGUUAAGUUACAUGUGAGCACUGCUUACAAAGAAGAACUAAUGAGAACAUUACAAGUUACAUGUGAGCAUAGCCCAAAGAGCAGACAGAACUGAUGAGAGCAUUACAAGGUACAGGUGAGUAUAGCCCGCAGAGCAGAACUGGUGAGAACAUCACAAGGUACAGGUGAGCAUAGCACGCAGAGCAGAAUUCCCUCUGGUGUACAGAAAGAUCUUCAAUUCAUGACAUUAUCCUGUAACAUAGUUAUGCCCACUUAAAAUUCCUUGCUCUGACCUCUUUCUGCUAACUAGAGUCAACCAGCUCUUGACUAUCACAAAAAGAGUUUCACUUGCACAAAAUGGUACUUAACAAUGAGGAGUCACAGAGGCAGUAGGUGACAACCACUCUCCCCACCUUCAAAGGACAGCAGGACGAAAUGGACAACAUGCCUACACUACAACAUCAACAGCCACACCUGGAUGAGCUGGGUCCUAGUGGUUCCAUCUAUGACCAUCAGUACUUAGGUUUUGACCAAGCGCCAUAUGGAACACUGUACUUGCCUGCAUACCCAACUGGACCACAUCUUCAGAAUCUUAACUAUACACUACCCUCUGGGCCUCAAUUACGGAACUUGUUCCCUGCCACCCAGGACAUCAUGGAUGAAACUGAGGCUAAUGGGUUAAGCUCUGAUGAAGAUCCUGAGGACAGAGCAGUGGAUGAUUACAUGCAUGUGGAUUUAGACAAGACAGCUGGUACACAGCUGGCUGUGUGGUCAUACCAUCUGCCAGACACCUUGGCCAUCUUUACGCCUAUCCCUGGAGACACACUGGCCACUGUCAUAAGUUUUGCACAGUCUGCUCUCAAGGGUAACAUGGCCACUGACAAGGCCUUGCUGUUGUUGCCUGGUGCUGAGCGACUCACUGAUCCAGCAGGCAUACGCACCAUCAGUCCAGGUUCCUCUGUCCUGCUGGUGCCCAAGUAUGACUAUCUUAUACAUGUGGAGAUAACUCAGCUGAAGGUCAAGCUGAAAAUGGCUGUCAACAUCACAAUGACUGUGAGCAGCCUUAAAGCUCAGCUGCAGCAUCAGAGAGGGUUGCCCAUGGAACGCAUGGACUUGCUCUUCCAUGACCAGCCUCUUGAGAAUCAGCGACACUUGUUUGACUAUCGCAUUGCAGAUGGCAGCACAGUGUUUGUUCUUAUGCAGCUUGUUUAUGACAUCUGCAUCACAGUGCAGACAUUCUGGGGCAAGCAGUAUAAGAUGUAUGUUGAUCCCUGCAUGACCACUGCUGGCCUCGUCAACAGGGUUUUGCGCCGCACGAUCACCCAACAGGCAGGGGACGCCUCUCAUUUCUUCCACCUCUUCUUGCCCCACCAUGCUCUGGUGAUGUACAGUCCAGGUGGUGUAUCCAUGAAGUGGACAUCUUGUCUGGGACUGUAUGGUGUCGAAGAUGAAGCAGUUUUUCAACUGUCCACGAUUGCUCUGGCAUAUGAAAUGAGCUUACAGAAAGUGCCUGUCUUACUGGACAGUGGGGAGAUACACAACUUCCUGGUGUCCAAGUUUGACUACUGGUCUGUGCUAGCUCUUAAACUGCAUGGUAUGCUGGGAUAUCCUGUUAACCUCAUUCGACUCUUUCAUGGCAAGCGUAAGUUGGACCUAGCCUCAGCUGUUGGGAAAAUCUCUCACCGUACGCCAGCUGUGCGAGUGGAUUUUUCUUCCAUGUGUCUUGAUGCUGAUAUCAGUCAUGGCAUUCAGCUAACAUUUCAGCUGGGAAAUGGGAUUUGUGAGGUCAUCACAUGCUCGCCAACACGAACAGUUCAUUCUGUGAAGAUAAUGCUUGAAGAGAUUGGUAUACCCAAUGCCACAUUCUAUGACUUAUUUGUUGAUGGUUACCAGCUUCCCAACAAUGGCCGUAUUGGGAAAGUGAUGGAAGAAUAUCGCAAACCUUUGGAUCUGAAACUGCAACAUUAUCACAUUUUUGUGCACAGUCCUAACACUGUCAUCUAUGAUAUGAAGGUGCAUGCCAAUGAGACUGUAAAGGUCUUCAGAGGUCGUGUGGAUAGAAAGACUGGCCUGGCAUCUUCAGACUACUAUCUGCUUGUUGCAGGGCUUCCCCUUUCAGAGAAUGACAGCAUUCCCAUAUUCAAGACACCACUAGCAAUCAGGUCCUCAGUGUUUUUGAUGAAUGCACAUCAGCAGCAUACAUUUUUUGUUACAUGGGAUGACUGGCUGGUCAAGCUGCAUCUUCCAUUUCAUCCGAAGCCAUCAGAAGUCAAGAAAGCCUUGUGGAAUGAUAACAACAUCCCAGAUGGCGGCCUUGCCUCUUUAGGCAAUUUCCUCCAAUGGUUUUUUACAAUGCGUGAGAAAAAUUCUCACCUUCCUUUAGAUGCUACAGAUGAUAUAAACAAAGGUGACUACAAGUUAAAGCCAAGACAAAGAUUCAGAGGACGCAAGAAGGGUAACUUUGAAGACAAUCUGUGGAAAUACAAAAUCCUUCAGAUCAAGCAGCUGCAAAAUGCCCUUGAAAAGCGUCACAGUGAGCAAUACAAGGCUCCGAAGCCACCACCAGCAGCAAGCGUGGAGAAGCAUCAUCAUAGGCACAUGAAAAAACAGCCAAUUCAGCAAGCCAGACACCAGAGGAAGAAAACUGACAUCCGCCCUACCCACAACAGUGGCACCUGGAAACGCCUCAAUCCAGAGGAUCUGGUGGAGAGUUAUUUAAAGGAAUGGUUCCGGCCUCUUGAUCUCAUUAGCACACUUCUACCAAUGGCACAGGCUGAGCAGCACCGUGAUCGACACAUCAGACCACACUCUGCAGAGCUGACACCCAAAUACAUAGCUUCUCUACCUCGGGGGCAAUCUGAGCCACAGUGGACAAGAAGCUUGGGUAGAAAGGCAAGAAGUGAACAGCUGCAGCCAUCCAUUGUCAAAGCAAAAGGAAGUGGAAGAUACGUAAAAAGCCAGCUGCAUGCAAAGUGAGAACCAACUUAGAUAAUAUUUAGACUGCUAAACUGCAUGUGAAACGGUAUGAGGAUAUGAAUAUAAAAUGUGCUUGCUGAGAAACCCA